AUGCUUCGAACGUUCGUCAACUGCAACCCAAGCGCGUCGGAGUAUCGUGUCGUCUCCGUUUUCUUGAUGAAGCGGUUGUUGAACAAUCACCACUGUGUUCAGGAAGUCGAGCUCAGCUACGCAGGCGAACUGUUCGACGACGAGAGCCAACCGCAGGUCCACCCCACCGCUGGUAUCCGGCAAAUCGCACUCAAUGAACAUCAAAUGAACAAGCCCCAACUUUGUCAGCUUGUUCGCGUCAUGCUCCGAGGAGAUCCCGUCCAAAUGAAACUCCGCCACGUUUGUUUCGGUGCCACCGAAAUGACCGCGCUGAGGGGCCACGACUGCCUAGCUUUGGUCAAGGCCAUCGAGACUUCCAAUACCAUCAGAUGCCUGAAGCUCGAUUCUAAUAUGGUCGGCGUACGAGGGGCGCAGCGCUUCGCCCAGUUGCUGAGAACCAACAAGACUUUGCUGAGUGUUAGCCUCUUCAAGACGAAGAUAAACGACAAAGGCGCGGUUGCAAUUGGCCAAGCCCUUGCGGGGAACAGCACACUCGAGUUCCUCAAGAUGGGCGGGAACUCCAUCGGUCCCACAGGUGCUCAAGCCAUCGCCUCGUCGCUUGAGCUCAACACCUCCCUGACCUACCUUGAUCUUCAGCGCAACGACCUGGAUAACAGCGGUGCUGUUUUCCUCGCUCGGAUGCUCCAGUCCAACAAGACGCUUCGGACACUUGAUAUCUCCAGAAGUUUCGUCCGCAGCGACGGUGCAGUGGCAAUCGCUGAUUCACUCAUGAACAACCGGACGCUCUUGGAGCUUUCCAUAGACGGGAACACGUUCACUGAUGAAGCGGUUGUGGCGUUGGCGCGCCUCGUCGCCUCCAACAAGACGCUGAAGCACUUUCAUGCCUCGACAAGUUUCCUUCUCGAGUCACCGGCGCCAUUCAACGAAUUCGUCGAAGCCUUGGCGCUCAACCGAUGGCUUGAAGGCAUCAAAUUGUCCACCUGGAGGAGUCUCAUGUCCUUGGCAAAUCUUCGCGUCACAAAAACCAUCCGCUCGGUAACUGUCUCGGACAAGGUUCGCAACAUGUCCCUGAUGUGGCUCGUGCGCGGCCUGGCGUUUAACUCAAGCAUCUGGAAGUUCCGCAUUGGUUCUUACAAACUCGGUGUCAGCCUCUGCAGAACAAUUGCCACGAUGCUUGUGGAGAACAGCACGCUCAGCGCUUUGAUCCUAAACGAUGCUCCCGUUGACGAACUUGGCCUUGUAACCCUGGCGGGUGGCCUGUCCUCCAAUCAAGUUCUUCAGAAGCUGUCCGUUGUCUAUCCCGCGUCUAGCGUCGCUGGAUUCAGCGUCAGCCAAUGUCUGCGAAGGAACUGCGCCCUCCUCAACCGCGCGCUCCAGUUCGUGCUCAAGAUUGCGAAGGACAAGAGCUCUGCGGCAGCCUUCCAGGUAUAUCGGCGGAGCGAGUACUUCACGUACGAACUUUCCUUGCUUCGGACGAGUGAAUCAGCGUUGUCCGCUGAUUCACUUGUCCGAGAAGCGAACAAGUACAUUGAGGAGAACUACUUCGUGAUCACCGGUGUGGUCAAGGACGAGCUGGUUUGCCUGAGGCCGCAUAGGAGGACAGCGCUCACCACGAAGCUUGACCAACUGAACGCGUACUGCCUCUACGUGAUAACCUCCUUCCUGAAGGUGUCUGACGUUAAAGACUGA